GCCGUUGCUUUACACUGCUCAGUGCUACUCCGCACCACCCAAACAGUCGCCACGUUUCACCUCCUCCUGUAUCUUCUCACCACCCGACAACCUACCAGGACUUAAACUCAUCAUUCACCAAACGUCAUUGGCUACCAAGGGACCUUUCUGUUGGGUCACGUUAAGAGGCUCAUUCCACAGCUUUGCGCAGAGGAAAAGAAGGAGUAGAGAGAGAGAGAGAGAGAGAGAGAGAGCAUUUCCAGGAGACAGUUGGCCCUUUAUUGACGCUCUCCAGCGGAGCUCCGGAGACCCAGCUCCGACCGGGGCGACAGCAGCCAUGACCCAGAGCAACAGGGAAGCCCCACAGCAGGGCCGAGGCAGGCUCCGGCAGAUUCAAGAUGGGAUCCAGGCGCGCUCGCUCAGGGCCAAGAAGAGCGUGCAGAACAUCACAAAGGAUGACGUCAAGGGAUUCCUUACGAGAAACGCCUUUGUUCUCCUCACCAUUGCUGCCGUUAUUAUUGGUAUAAUCCUGGGCUUCGGUGUGCGCCCAUACCGACUGUCCUACCGCGAGAUGAAGUACUUCUCCUUCCCGGGGGAACUGCUCAUGAGAAUGCUCCAGAUGUUGGUGCUGCCCCUGCUGAUCUCAAGCCUCAUCACAGGCAUGGCUGCCCUGGACAGCCGUGCGUCGGGGAAGAUGGGCCUCCGGGCGGUGGUGUACUACACCACGACCACCGUCAUCGCCGUGAUCAUUGGCCUCAUCAUGGUGCUCGUCAUGCACCCGGGGAAGGGAUCCAAGGAUGAGUUCGGCAGCGCACCCAAGAUGGAGCGGAUCAGCACCGCCGACGCAUUCCUCGACCUUAUCAGAAACAUGUUUCCCCCUAAUCUUAUUGAGGCGUGCACCAAACAGUUCAAGACGCAGUACGCUAACAAAGUGGUCGUGGUGAGGAUGACGGUGAACGAAACCAUCUUCGGCCUCAACGGGAGCCAGGAGCUGACUCACGAGGAGAUGGUUCCGGUAUCGGGUUCGGUGAACGGGGUAAACGCCCUGGGCAUGGUGGUCUUCUCCAUCUGCUUCGGUCUGAUCAUCGGGAGCAUGGGGGAACAAGGGCGGCCUCUAAGAGACUUCUUUGACUGCCUGAAUGAAGCCAUCAUGAGGCUGGUGGCCAUUAUUAUGUGGUAUGCUCCCAUAGGUAUCCUCUUCCUGAUCGCUGGUAAGAUCGUGGAGAUGGACGACAUCUUAUCGAUGGGCGGUCAGCUAGGCAUGUACGUGGUCACAGUGACUGUUGGCCUGCUUGUGCACGCCUUGGUCGUCCUGCCGUUACUGUACUUUGCCGUCACCAGGAAGAACCCGUUCGUCUUCAUCGGAGGCCUGCUGCAAGCGCUCAUCACUGCCCUCGGGACAUCUUCCAGCUCUGCCACGCUGCCCGUCACCUUUAAGUGCCUGGAGGAGAACAACAAAGUGGAUAAGCGCGUGACACGCUUUGUGUUGCCGGUUGGGGCGACCAUCAACAUGGAUGGAACCGCCCUCUACGAAGCCAUUGCCGCCAUCUUCAUUGCCCAGGUCAACAACUAUGACCUGAGCUUAGGACAGAUCCUCACCAUCAGUAUCACAGCCACAGCAGCCAGCAUCGGUGCAGCAGGAAUCCCACAGGCUGGACUGGUCACGAUGGUGAUAGUGCUGACCUCAGUAGGCCUUCCAACUGACGAUAUUUCACUCAUCAUUGCUGCUGACUGGUUCCUUGAUCGGCUGCGUACCACCACCAACGUCCUGGGAGACUCCAUCGGCGCAGGUAUCGUUGAGCACCUGUCUCGCCACGAGCUCCAGAGAAAGGAUCCCGAGAGGGGCAACGUCUCGGCAGAGGAGGCAGCCAAGAAACCGUACCAGCUCAUCUGCCAGGAGAACGAGUAUGACACCGCCAGGCCAGCGGACAGCGAGACCAAGAUGUAGACAAAGACCAUCACUUUUCUCGCCCAAUUGACACAUUUUAUACAUGAGAACCAUUAUGUUGCCGUGAACCACUGCUUUUCUUAUUUUGGAGACAAAAACACCUGAACAGAAUCAAAUAUGUUAAUGUAGAUAUAUAUGUUUUUUUUCAUGCAUGCAGCUCUGCCAGUUGAACAUUUCAAAACUAUAACUGAAUAAGAUCUGGUUCAUUGCAUUACUGUUACUUCUAAUGUAGGCAAUAACUCGGUUUUGGUCUGCUGAAGAGUGGCGAUGGUUGACUUGCUGAGGAACCUUGUAUUUUGUGGAUAAAUACAACCUCUGAUCAUAUAGUUUAGAGCAUUGCUGGCUAGAUUUAAAGAGAACAGCGAACAAAAUACACUGCCACUUUGUCUUGCUAUACUUUUUUUUUUUUGCCUUCAGAGAAUACAGUUUGUUAUACAUGGCAACCAAAGGAAAGUUUCAUGAGACCAACUUCCAACCAAAUGUUUAAUAGCUUUCCAUUGGAAUAAAAUAGUUUUUAUCCAAAGUUUUCCAUAGA